UGCCCUCACGGCCCAUCCAUUCCUGCACCUCUGCAGAAUCCUUAAAGAAAAAAAAAUUCCCAUUAUGAGAUACCCUUAAUUUAGCUGGAUAUAUUAAUGAAAAGGCCACUUUGGCCUCAAAAAGCUUUUUCUUAACCUCUUUAAUGGAGGCCCUUUGCAAUUGCGUGGCUCUAGAAUACUCGGGAAAGAUUUUUGAACCAUUAUGUGUCAAUGGUGCCAUCUCUCUCGCCUUCCUCAGCAGGAUAUCCCUAUCACUAUAGCAAAAGAUUUUAAUCAGUAUUGUCCUAGGCAGACUGCCUGGAGGGGGGCGCAAUAAAUGGAACUCUGUGUGCCCGCUCCAGGGCAAACCAUGCCGAGAAACAUUGAGCCCCAAACACUUCCUCAAUCCAUUUUACACAAAAAGAUUUUAUAUCCCCUCCCUCCACCCCUUCUGGCAUUCCCACAUGUCUGACAUUGUUCCGUCUAUUCUUAUCUUCAAUGUCCAUAAUUUUCUCUUUUAACUUUUCCACCUCCUUCUUCAAAGAGUUAAAGGGGUUAUCCACCAUAAGGUGAUUUUAGUACGUACCUGGCAGGCAGUAAUGGACAUGCUUAGGAAGGAUCUGCGCUUGUCUUUGGGCUAAAUGGCUAUGUCAUGAGAUUACCAUAACACUUGGGCUAGCUUUUUGUGAACUGGUUUUUCCUGUUUGACUUUUCUUUUUCUGACUACAAAUCCCACAAUACCAUUUUCCUCCAUCCCACACAUCAGCCACCCCACCCAUUGAAACAUAAAUGAGCUGCAUCCAUCAAAAGACCUGUGGUUUUCAAUCAGGGUGCCUACAGCUGUUGCAUUAGUUGCAGAUUGAUCUCUCUCCCACCAAGCGAUCCCUCCCUCCAUCCAUUGAAGCAGACAUGCUCCUUGUCAUCAGCUGACUAGUGAGUCAGGUCUCGGCCGCAUUGCAAGCUGGGAAAAUGUGAGUCAUUUUGUAUGCUGAUAAAAAUAAAUUUUGGAGUGAAACAGAAGAAUUGUGAGAAAUCCGUCACACACAGGUACAGACACUAUAUUAUGAACUACACUAACUUUACAGCCCCUGUAGCAUAUUCAAAUAAAAAAAAUUCCUGGAAUGCCCCUUUAAUUUCCGCUGUCAGACCCAAGAGGCCUUUUUCCAUUGUGAGGACCAAUUUUUCCAUUAAUGUCCUCUCUCUGUUUACCCACAUCGUCUCUCAUAAGAGACAUUUCUGAAGAAAGUGUUCCCACUUGCAUGUUCAAAUUAACCAUGGCUUGAUUAGACUGCUGGACCUCCUUUAACCCCUUAACGACCACGGACGUAAAUGUAUGUCAUGGUUUGGCGGUACUUCGCGCACCAGGACGUACAUUUACGUCCUGUGUCUGACCGAGAGCAUCGGAGCAGUGCUCGCUUCAUACACGGCAGGUUCCGCCGGUAAUGGCCGACAUCCGCAAUCAUGUGGAUGUCCGCCAUUAACCCCUCAGAUGCCGUGAUCAGUACCGAUCACAGCAUCUGCGGCAAUGUGCAAGUUAAAAUGGAUGAUCGGAUUGCCCGUAGCGCUGCUGCAGCGAUCCGAUCAUCUGUAAUGGCGGACGGAGGUCCCCUCACCUGCCUUCCGUCUGUCUCCCCGCAUCUCCUGCUCUGGUCUGAGAUUGAGCAGACCAGAGCAGGAGAUAGCCGAUAAUACUGAUCAGUUCUGUGUCCUAUGCAUAGCACUGAACAGUAUUAGAAAUCAAAUGAUUGCUAUAGAUUGUCCCCUAUGGGGACAUAAAAGUAAAGAAAAAAAAAAAAGUUAAAAAUCCCCUCCCCCCAAUAAAAAUGAAAAUUGUCAGUUUUUCCCUUUUUACCCCCAAAGAGCGUACAAUUUUGUUUUUUAUAAACUUAUUUGGUAUCACCGCGUGCGUAAAUGUCUCAACUAUCAAAAUAUAAUUUUAAUGAUCCCGUACGGUGAAUGUCGUAAACAUAAAAAAAUAUCCAAAAAUGCUGCUUUUUUGUCCCAUUUUAUUCAAAAAAAUGUUUAUUAAAAAUGAUUUAAAAGUUUUAUAUAGGCAAACGUGGUAUCGAUAAAAAGUACAGAUGAUGGCCCAAGAGAUGAGCCCUCAUACCACCCUAUAUACAGAAAAAUGAAAAAGUUAUAGGUGGUCAAAAUAAGGCGAUUUUAGAUUAUUGAUUUCGUACAAAAAGUUUAAGAUUUUUUUUUAAGUAGUACAAAAAUAUAAAAAUAUCCAGUUAUGGGUAUCAUUUUAAUCGUAUUGACCCACAAAAUGAAGAACACAUGUCAUUUUUACUGUAAAGUGUACAGUGUGAAAACGAAACCCCGCAAAAUGUGCUAAAUUGUUGUUUUCAUUUAAAUUCUCUCCCUAAUUUUUGGGGUUUGCCGUACAUUUUAUGGUAAAAUAAGAGGUUUCAUUACAAAGUACAAUUGGUCACGCAAAAAAAAAAACCUUAUAUGAGUCUGUAGAUGGAAAUAUAAAAGAGUUAUGGAUUUUAGAAGGCGAGGAGGAAAAAACAAAAACGCAAAAAUAAAAUUGGCCUGGUCCUUAAGGGGUUAAUAUGGCUUCUAAUACGGGAGGAUUGACCCCAGGAUCUUCCUCCUCUUCUCCCAUGUCUCCUUCUUGCAUCAGAACCGACUAACUUGAUCCUGGUAUAGCAUUUGUUUGUUUAAACUGAUAUGAAGAUGGAGAUGUAUACUUGCUGUUGCGGGUAUUUGAGGCUACUGGGGGGGUGGUCUUAAGGUACUUUUUAAUUUUCCCUUAUGCUGUUAAUACGGAGUGUUUAGGGGAAUUGCUCCCACCCGAUCUUUUUUGGUAGGUUUUGGAGGCAUUCCCCUCAGAUGUGUUUAACUCCAACAAUAUACAGCACUGUUCAGUUGAGACAUUGCUGGACAAAAAGGAUGUCCCCCAUCUUCUUUGAGGCAAAAGUCCUGCCCGGAGCUUGAUUGUUGCAGCGCUGCUGUGCGCACUCCUCGGCAGCACGCUGGGAGGUUUCCACGUUACUGCAUCAUCACGUGGUGUCUCUCCUCCGCCCCACUUAGCCCCGGAACUGACCAUCUCAGACUUCAGGUAGGGGGAGAGGCGCAGCUAUCCUCUAUCACUCACCAUACUCCAUCUUGCACAGUUUCACCACUUCUUCCCCCGACAGCUCUUCUCUUCACCACGGCCCUUCUCACAUUCCUCCAUAUUCUGUCUCCCCUUCUGCGACCAUGGCCCGACACCUCAGUAUACCAUAGACCAGUCCAUCGCCCGCUCUCUCUCCCCACCAUGGGGAGGGAUCGCAGCCUCCCAGGGAGAGGGAAGGGGGCCGGAGGAGGAGGAGGAACCCUCCGAUGCGUGCGGCAUGACGUCCUCUCUCCUCAAAACCAAUUGUACUUAUUUUGUAAUUAUAUUGUAAUUAUUUUACAAGAAACUUCUCCCUCCUUUAUUGGUACAUUCCUACCAAUCUUAGAUGAAAAAAACUUCUCUAAAUUUUAGUUGUUUUCAGGGUUGGAACGGGUUAAAUCCUCAAGUGCUAGUAGUCAUUGUGAUACUCUCUUGCUUCAACAAAAAAAUGGAUAAUUAGGCUAAAUGCCAUAGGUCCUAUAGGACUGAAUGAGAGAAAUGGUCUUAGUUGCUUCUAAUAAGUCGCAUUUUCCUGUUCAUAUAAUGUUUAUACUUGUUUUUAAGAGUAUUUGUUAUUUUAGAAUAUUGUAGAGGUUAUUGUAAUUUCCUCACCUAUUGCACAUGAAGUGAAGUUGUGAGGCCGGAAGAAGCAUUGUAAUGAUGUGAAAUGGUUUGUCGCCUCUACACAUGCCCCCUGCACCUGCAACUUAACUCUCCCUGGCGUUGUCAUAACACUUUGUUUGUUCUGCUUUUAACAAAGUUAUAAUAAAGAUUUUAAUAUGACUGACAAGUGAUACGCCUUCUUUUAUCAAAUAGUUGGUUGGUGCUUUUUUAAGGUCUAUUCACACGUACAGUAUUCUGGGCAGAUUUGAUGCGCAGGAUUUUUUGCUGCAGAUUUCAAUGUAAACUGAAUGACUGAACACAGCUUCAAAUCCUGCGCAUCAAAUCUGCACAGAAUACUGUAUGUGUGAAUAUACCCUUAAUAUUCAGAGCACCACAUGGUCAUUAUUGCGGAUUUGAAUUUAGAGCUGUACAAUUGUCUGAAUAGAUUUGCUUCUGCAGUGCCUACUUGUUACUCUGUGUUGUUGACAAAAACACUGUGGCAUUGCAAUUGAAUACUUUAUUGUAAAUUUAAAAGUAAAUAAAUUCAAAAUCAAUAAAGCAGACUGGACUGAACAGUAAAGGUGUGUCUAAUGUUAAAGUGUCUCACUUAACCUCUGAUCAGCUUCAUUUUUGUAACCCUGACAUCAUCACGCCCCUCUCCUACAUGUACAGGGGGCAUCUAAUAAUCUAAUGGAGGUUUUAUACUUCCAGGCUAAAACAUGAAGGUCUCCGUUUGCUGUAAUGUUACUAUGGUGAUAUUUGGUUUCUACAGCAACUGGCAAUUUUUGUGUAUUGUCCUGCUUAAAAAAAUAACAUGACUAUGGAAUAAGGGUGAAAUGAUCUACUGAAUUGGAGAUGAAAGAGGCUACUUUAAUUAUUAAAGCCAGACAUGACUAAUUCAUGCCCCUUUUUAUUAGCCCUGUUUGCAGAACCUAUUGCUUUGAGGAUCAGUAUCUCUGCUUAUUUAUUUGUGCAGCACUACUAACGGGAGAAGACAGCGAGCACAAGAGUAAAAGAAAUGAAUAAUCAUCAGCCUGAACAAGGAGGUAUAGAACCAUAUGGAGAAUACAAGGAAGGGGAGAUGCAUAUUCCUGAAAUAUCAGAAACUGCAUCACUGCAGGCACUGCAUUUUAUUAAAUCUGAGCUGUUGAAGACACAGAAAACCAUAAAAGAACUACAGAGUGAAAGACGGUUACUAAGGAAGCAGUUAAGCCACUGGACUGGGGCAGUGCAAGCACUUCAGGAGUCUCAAGAAGACAAUCACUGCAAAGUAGAGACCCAGAUACAUAUGCUAGCAGAGAGCAAUGAAUGCGUGAAGAAAGAACUAAAAGAGCUAAGGCACAAUAUGCAGGGUAUGAUUCAGUGCUGCAAACUAAAGCGAGGACUGAAUGUGAGAGCAAAAAGGUUUUCCAGCUCCAAGUGGAAUGCAGUGGAUCCUACUGUAAUGGGAGACUCUGUUAACACAAAGCAGAAGGACUUCCAAAGAACGCAGUGCACAUUGCAGAGAGAAAAUGACCAUCUCAAGGCACAAAACAGAAGGGCACUGACACAUAUGAGACAUUUAUGUGAGUCUAUUAGGACUGCCUCUAGUCACAAAGAAAGACAAAGAAUGGCAAGUGGCUAUUGUUUCAGCCCUGAAAAAGUAACACCUAAUAAAUGUGACUCUGAAAUAGAAGAUGUAACAGAUAAUCCACCUGUAUCCGAAUCUCAAGUUAUAACGGUGAGAAAUGAAGAAGCAGAAUUUCAGGAGAUGAUAGAAAAAUUGAAGUAUGCUUUAUCCCUUCAAAUAAAACCAGGACAAAUACCAGGUAUCAAACAGGAACUGCUGCACGCUGCGGGGCAAGUUUCCAGAUGCUACACUAAUCUUUUGAGCAAAAUAAUUGAGCCAACAUUAAGAUGAUAUUGUUAUGUUUAUGCUCCAGCAUUUGUAACUUUUGAAAUAUUUGGUCUUUCCUUUCCAUCCAUGCACUGUACAUGCUUACAUAUUAUAUGGGCAAGCUAUGGCUCACGUUUUAGUGGUAGAGUGCUUACAUGCUGGUUCAGAAAUACAGAUGUGUUCUAAGCCCAAUCUAAUAUUUAAUAGAAGAGAAAUGUAUUCAUGGAUUUUCUCUUGCAUGUGUGGCCUGGGUUGCCCAUUGUCUGUAAACUUAUAGUGUCUUUAAUAAAAACUACGUGUCCAUAAUAUUUUUUAAAUGCAUUCAAAUAAUUUUGGAGAGAACAUGGUCUGUCAUUCAGCCAGGAUCAGUGUGCUGUUCAUUGAUAACAUUUUCUUACACGUAGAAAAUGGUUCUAGGCUGUCUGGUUUUGCCCAUAACAACCAAUCACAGUUUAGCUUCCAUAUCUUAACAAGCUCUGGCAGCAUGAAAGCUGAGCUGUGAUCAGGGCUGUCUUUAAUGCGGGGCAAAAGGGGCAGCUGCCCUGGGCCCUGUCAUUCCUGGGGGCCCAAAGCAGCUAGCCCGCGGCUCAUUGUUGUAAAGCGGCCACGGCACAGCCCAAACUGCUCAAUAGUCAGCAAGGCCACCUUAAUUAAGCCUGCUCCGACUUAAUCAUGCAGAUGUUCUUCUCUCCUGCGGCUUCUGCGACAUUCUUCCGCUGACCCACUCAGGAGGACGUCACUGACAUCACACGUCAGUCGCGGCCGUCGCAGGAGAGCAGGCGUGCACACUGCGGACAAAGUGCA